GCCAACCUUUGCUAUUCCUGGAUUUUCGGGUGUCUUAAACUACAGUCUACGAGGAAAAGGUUAUAUUAUGGUCAAUACCACAGGACUUUACUUCAUCUCAGUUUCAUGUGGCGAUGAAUGUGAAAUAUGGCUAAGAAAAGCCGAAGAACCAGGACUGGAAGAUGAGAGAUACUAUGAGGAGUUGUUGAUUAAAAUCGAAUCACCUACGUAUCCCACCAGAUACAAAUUGUAAGGAAACGUUGAGCAUUCUUUUUCCCGUUUAUUUAUUUGUUUGGUUUUAUUUUUUAGUUACUUUUCCAGGAGCAAAAGCCAAUACAUAUAUCGUAACUUCAGCAAAUGUCAUUUAUAUCACAUGGAAGUUUACAUGCGACAAAGGGUGAACCAGGAUUAUCUCACUGUGGUUGCAAGGUUACCUGGCCAAAACAAUGUCCAGCUUUUCCCUCAGGAGUACCUGUACUGGAUGAKACCAGGUUCUAGAGUUCUGGAGUUUCACUUAACCAACAACAUCAGUAGAAAGAUUGCUCUAGGUUCAGAAAUCACCUUAGAAGCUGUCUACAAAUUCUGCUGCAAAGGUAUUCUCUGUCCUUCCUGCCCCCUGGUAUUAAAGCUAGAAGCGUUUAAGCAGACCAUAAUGGUCAACAGGAGCCUAGAAAUGACCUGUGAAGAACACAAAAUGAGACACAAAAUCGAGGCGGUCGUUCAACCAGGCAACUACAGUAUUUAUAUCAUUUAUGAUUUUCUGGCUGGUGACACUCAUUACUGGAAAAGAAAGAGAACUAUCGCAGAGUCCAUACAAGUUUCUGAUUCUACAAGACUUCAGUGCUCUUUUCGCGAUGGAAGAUGUCCCGGAUGGAUCGUUACGUCACAAGACAUUUCAUGCCAGUGGAGUUUAGAAAAGCCAGGAAAAACUGAAGACAAAAUUAUCUAUCUAGGUGAUUUUAUAGCUCUAACUACUCCAGGAAUAUCGUCUCUGGAAUCCCCUUCUAUGCCUUGGACCUCUAAUUAUAAACAUAUAAGGAUGUGUGCUGAGUUCUCAUAUCUUUUUCCUUCCAACACGUCAUCCCGUCUCGAGGUUUAUAGAAAAACUAGUUCGAGUGAGGAUCUCUUGUGGUUGAUUAAAGGCCAUCACGGGAUAAAGUGGCAACGAGCUAACAUACCUUUCAAGUCAAAAGAAAACUUCCAAAUCAUUUUGAAAGGAGUGUCUAAGACAAACGGUUCUAWUUCUUUGGCGAUAAGAGGCUUUCAAGUAACCAGCAGAUCCUGUAGGCAUCGCCCAGAGUUUGCAGAACCAGGAUUUGUAUGUGAAGUAACUGACUUCCAAUGUGCUAAUGGCCAGUGCAUUAAUAAACAUCGAAGAUGUGAUGGUAUCCAUGGUGACUGUCCGGAUGGUUCUGACGAGAAAGGUUGUGUUUGUCAAAUUGGUUACUUUACCUGUGCCAAUCAAAAGKGUAUCCAUCACAAUAAACUGUGUGAUGAAAAGAGACACUGUUCAGGAGGCGAGGAUGAGCUUCAUUGUGAUAAAAAGUGCCCAGGACACCAGUGUCUGGAUGGGACAUGCAGUUCGUGUGGCCAGCAGUCGCACUGUGAAGAAAAGAGACAUCUAUCGUGUGAUGCCUUUGUAACUAAGCAAAUGGCCAACUCCCAAAGAUGUCAAGUUCAAAGAGGAAUUUGUGGUUUCCACAACGAGCUCUGCGGCUUUCAAAACGAUACCAAGGGCAUUCUUUCAUGGGAUUCCUUUAAACCAUUGGAUUAUGAUACUGAGUUGAGGAAACAAAACCUCUCUCGUAAGUAUGACCACAAGUCAUUGACUGACAAAGGAAUCAACUAAAUUUUUCUCAAACGGACAGUCUAUAAAUUUACUAUACACUUAUUUCAAUAAAGUUAGUCGCCUGAAAAGCUACAAAGCUGA